AUGAGAUUCAAUCGGAUUGAUUUGGAGGUGCUGAUUGAGGCUUUUCAAUCGACUUAUAUUCGGGAGUUGUUCCUCUCUCGGCCUCUCACAGAAAUCUCAAACCUCUCCGGCAAGCUGCACACAAAGUCGAGAUUUCAUCCCAAUCUAAUGGCGUUUUUUGGUAAAAUGAUCGAUGCUAACAACGAGAGGAAGCACCCUGCGCCACUGCAACUCCCCCCCCCCUCAAUCGACAAAGAGCUAGUGAUGAAGAAGUUUGAGAAAACCUUGGUGGGUCGGGUCCUGAAUCUUCAAGCUCAGGAGCAUAGGGUCAAGGCUUUAAUCGCCUUUCUCCCAUCUAUGUGGAAGUGUGAAGGUAGGGCCUAG